AUGUUCGUGUCUUUGUGGGAGUUUUUCUAUGGACACUUUUUCCGAUUUUGGAUGAAAUGGGUCUUACGGCAGAUGACUGGGAAGUGUGAAUUGCAGCGAAUUUUUGAUACCUAUGGAGGGGCACAGAGGACCUACAGAAUAGAAAAUUCCUUGACAUAUUCCAAGAGUAAGGUCCUACAGAAUGCAACACAAGUUGCCGAGAACGAACUGGACAGGUGUAUAGUGAACAUCAUGAAGGAAAAGAACAUCUGCCCAGAGAAGGACACCAGUUUUCAAAUCUGCAUGAGGACGUGCUUACUGCAGAUAACUGGCUAUAAGCAGCUCUACUGGGAUGUAGAAAAUGUGAGGAAAAAGCCUUAUGAUUCUGCCAAUGCACAGCAUGAAAAACUGCUGCUCAAGCUUUGGACUCUUCUGAUGCCCACGAAAAAGUUGAAGGCCCGGAUCUCUAAGCAGUGGGCAGACAUUGGUUUCCAAGGUGAUGAUCCCAAAACAGACUUCAGAGGCAUGGGCAUACUCGGAUUGAUCAAUCUUGUGUAUUUCAGUGAAAACUACACCAGUGAAGCGCAUCAGAUUCUCUCCCGCUCAAAUCACCCCAAAUUAGGGUAUUCUUAUGCAAUAGUUGGAAUCAACCUUACAGAGAUGGCUUAUAGCUUACUGAAGAGCGAGGCCUUGAAGCUCCACCUCUACAACUUUGUCCCUGGGGUGCCAACGAUGGAGCACUUCCACCAGUUUUACUGUUACCUUGUCUAUGAAUUUGACAAGUUCUGGCUUGAGGAAGAGCCAGAGAGCAUUAUGUACUUCAACUUGUACCGAGAGAAGUUUCACGAGAGGAUCAAGGGACUCUUGAUGGAUUGCAAUGCUGUGCUCACUUUGAAAACAUGAACCACCCGAGGAUCUUCACUUUCUACCAUGUUUUGCACACACAACAGAAUUUAUAUGUUAUUAUAGAAAUUAUCUGAUUAACUACGUUCAUAUAAUUUCCUACAAAAAAUACUUCAGAAACUCUAUUUAAGAAAGCUAGCAGACAAUCAGUGUAUGUUUACAGUUGUUUAUACACUGUUCUCCAAAGGUCCCUUACCCUUCCAAAGAGCCCUUCCAGAGUCUCACAGACUACAGUUAGGAACUUGGGUCUUAGCCUGUUAGUUUAAAAGUAUAAAUCAGGUAUAUUUAUUGUUAGCCAAUUGAUCAGAAUGUGCACGAAUCUGUUCUCUGUUUAUGUGUGGUGCUCCCAAGCUGGUGUUAGUUUUAAACUGCAGGGUUACUGUUUGCUCUGGAAGUGGCUUUUGAAUGCUCUUUGUCAUUUGGUUUCUGAGGUUCUCUUUGUGUCUCUAGCUCUUGUCAACAUGUCCUAUCCUUGGAGCAGAGAGAGCAUGGCUCUGUCAGGGAGGGUGGACAAUCAUGGCUUCCUUUUGAUUUCCCUGGUGACUGACUAACAGAAAUGAGAAGUGGCAGUAUUGAUGACUAGCUUCUUAUUUAUAAGUAGCCCAUGUUGGAGGUCUUAUUCUAAGGAUUCUAGGCAUUUACUCCAGUUGGACAUUUGCUUUAUAAUACUAGAAAGGAUUUAGCUUUACAGUAUUAUAGGAAUUUAAUAAUUGAUUUCUUAUAAGGAACUUGUUGGCCCUGGUAAUAUAAUAAUUUCAUUUUUGAAAAAUUUUUUGUUAUCCAGGUUUUAUGAUGAAUUGUGUAGCAAAGCCCUAACAAGGAGCACUUGUCUACCAUUACUGUUCUUGUAUUAUAGUGUGAAGUCUUCCAUGAAAGCAGCUGUGCUAGUCUUUAACUUUUGUACCAAAAGUACUUGCGCAUGUAUUUUAAUCUCUGAGCAGCCUAGAUCUUGGACUGAUUUAACUCUUUAUCUGCAUAUGUAAUAAAAAGACUACUUGAAGUAUGAAAGAGGAAAUAAUAAUUAAUAAUAAUAAUAAUAAGUAAUUAUUUCCCAGCAGAAAAAACCUCCGAUGAUGCUAAGAACAUAUUGUCAUGGUUUGGUUAAUGUCACAGUCUUUAAAUCCUCCUUUGUUUGUACAUUGCAGGUACUGUUUUUUUGUUUGGUUUUUUUUUUUGUUGUUAAAAUUAUCAUUAGCCAUUUCAGAUAAUUAUAUAGUGAACUGAUUUUACAGCUAAUUCCAGCUUCAAAAUUCUGAUAUUCUGGGAGCUUGACUGUCACUAGUUGUACACUAGAAUGUACCAGGAACCCCUGGCCGACAGGCUUGGCAUAUGCAGGAAAGGAACAGCACAGUCCGUUUCCUUUACUUGCAUCAAACAUCAGAACAUCAUACAGUUUUAAAACCCAUGUUUAGAUGCUCACCUGUGUCUAGGACUAGUAAAAUUACAAUGUAGCAAUCGAUAGUAGUGGCAUUGAAGCACAAGAAAGUUAUGUUAUUUUUAGAUUAAAUCAAGUAGAAUUGAUGUGGAGAUGGAUUCUUGUACAUGUGAUAGUGAAGACAUUUUACCAGUGGCAAGAGUAGCAUAAAAAUAUAACCACAACAUUUAACAGUUCAAAUGCUCUGAAAGACAAUCUUUUUAAACAUGGGAGACACUUGGGUAUCAUGGAACCUAGACCAGGCUCUUUGUAAAUAAAUGUAACAAUACAGCUAGGUAUAAAAAUGAACUUAAACUGGCACCAUUUACAGUUCAAAAAUGAGACUCUUUUUCUUACAAAUUUCUACCCUGUUUUUUCUUUCUUUCUCUUUUAUAGCUACUUAGAUUUGUGUUAUUUUUCUAUGAAAAUGUAUGCAGCAUUUAUUCUCCCCUUAACGUUGUCCAUUAUUCAUAUCAUUCUGUCCCUUAAGAGUAUUCAGCGAAAGGGAUUUUGAUUAAAAGUUUUGCUCAAAGAAAAACGAUUACUUGGGGGUGAAAAGCAACCCUUCAUUUCUGCAGCAGAGGGAAACAACAGCAUAGAAGAUGGAGCUUUGCCCAGGAUGGUGAUAGUUUCUAACUGGGGACCAGCAGCUGCAUCCCCAGGACAGGUGCUCUACUCUAAUCCACACAGGAUGGUGCGUCUGGGGAGGCUUUGUCAUCAUGUUCAUGUGUAGUAGCCUCUCCAUACAAAUGGCUUUUAAAUGAAGAUGACUCUUUCACACUCUGAGAAAAAUCAUGAUGUGUAUUUUUUUCUGUCUCCAGUUUUUGAUGAGAUAAAAGUUUUAAAUGUAGUGUAGGUAGGACCCAACAACCACAUUGACUUUGGUAGGGUAGUUCUAUGUUUUGUUAAAGUCCUGAUACAUAUUUAAGCUGUAGUGUUCCCUGGAGGGAAAGUACCAGUUGGUAACUUAAUUUUUUGUCUAUUUUGCAUCAAGCAUUUGAAUUUCAUGUAAAAGUAAUAGUGUGAGAUGUGAUGUCCAUUCGUUUGUAAUGUUAAGUGAGAAUAAAAUCACAGCUGAGACUGA